GCAAUCUCGUUGUAGCCUCUUAUAUAAACAAAACGAUUGAACUAGGGUUUCGGCAGCAGCUUAAGGAGGAAGAAGAGGAGCAGGAGCAGCAACAGCAACCAUGGUUCUCAAGACGGAGCUUUGUCGUUUCAGUGGCCACAAGAUUUACCCAGGAAGGGGUAUCAGAUUCAUCCGAUCUGACUCUCAGGUGUUCUUGUUCAUCAACUCUAAGUGCAAGCACUACUUUCACAAUAAACUGAAGCCUUCCAAGCUCGCAUGGACUACCAUGUACAGGAAGCAGCACAAGAAGGACGCAGCUCAAGAAGCUGUUAAGAAGAGGAGACGUGCUACCAAGAAGCCCUACUCAAGGUCUAUUGUUGGUGCUACCUUGGAGGUGAUUCAGAAGAAGAGAGCUGAGAAGCCCGAAGUUCGUGACGCCGCUAGAGAAGCUGCUCUUCGUGAUAUCAAGGAGAGAAUCAAGAAGACCAAGGAUGAGAAGAAGGCAAAGAAAGCUGAAUUUGCCUCAAAGCAACAGAAGAUUCAGGCUAAGAUCCCCAAGGCUGCUGCCAAGGGUGGUCCUAAGUUGGGAGGUGGUGGUGGCAAACGCUGAAGAGCCCAAAACCAUUUCUUCUCACUCUCUGUUCUCUGCUAGUGGGGGUCUACUUUUGUUAGUUAAUGUUGAACUCGGAAUAUUCUGCAGAACGUAAAACUUUUGUUAUUGCCGUUUGUCUUCUUUUACCUUUUGCAACUUUCUAUAUCUCAGACUUAAGAAUUUUGGUGCUCAUCAACUUCAUUUCACUAAAAGUCUC